GAGAGAGAGAGGACAGAAUAGAGCUCAGCACAGAUAGGUGCCCGCCCAAGCGAGAGACAGCCAGCACAGCAACAGGCUUUCCGCGCACAGACAGCUCUCCACCGCUCAAUGUUUCAACUUUCUAUCGCUUUAACCAUCGAUUUAUACUUUUUAAUAAAUCAGGAAAGUUUAUCACAUCUGUUAUUGUAGGUAAUUGCUAUUAGUUUUUUUUCGGUUGUUUUUUUUCUCUAGCCCUGUCGUCUAUUUAUCUAACGAACUGCUGCAGAGCACCGGCAGGUGACUAUGGCGAAGGGACCGGUGCUGGUGACUCUAUCCCUGGCGGCUGGCGGCCCUACGCGGCUUGUUUUGCUGCUGUUAUGUCCGCUAAUCUGCGGCCUCUCGGCGCAGGGCCAGGAGCUGCCAACCAACCGGGUGAAUGGCUACAGCCUGCACCCACCUUAUUUUAACCUAGCGGAAGGGACCAAAGUCACGGCGACAGCGACCUGCGGAGAAGGGGACAAUGGGCGAUCGAUACGUGACUUGUACUGCAAGCUGGUCGGAGGGCCAGUGUCAGGGGACCCGAGUCAAACCAUCCAGGGUCAGUACUGUGACACCUGCGCCAUGGGGGACAGUGACAGAGCCCAUCCCAUCUCCAAUGCCAUCGACGGGACAGAGAGGUGGUGGCAGAGCCCUCCUCUCUCCCGCAGCACUGAUUUCAACCAGGUCAACGUUACCCUGGACCUGGGACAGGGUUUUCUUAUCAUCCUGAUUGCCUCUGUUGCUGCUGGGUCAUUUUGAACUUCCUCCACUCCCUGACCCCGUCACCUCCUGCUUGGCCGUCCCCAUGCAGCAAAUAUUGGACCAAUACAUCAAUUGAAAUUUUCUCAGAAGCAAAACAGAACGAAAGAAGAGAAAGAUAAGGAAUACUGUUUAAACUCUGACAGACAAAAGAGAG